GACAUCAGCGGGCGCGCAUGCGCUCUUUAAAAAUACAUCGGUGAAUCGAUUUGGAGUAUUUGUCUAUACAAGUGGCCUAUUUUCGUACAGAUCAUUUCAUUAAUAUAUGGUCAAGAUGAAAUUUUUUGGAGUACUGCUUCUCUGUCUGUGUUACCUUCAAGCCACAAGGUGCCAACUUUUGGUGGACUUGGCCCGUGAUUUCGAGACUACGUUGCUGAACAAUCGGAUUCCCGACACCACACGAUUUUUGCCGGAAUAUGACUUCAUUAUUGUGGGAGCUGGCAGUGCGGGUUGUGUGAUGGCCAAUCGGCUGAGUGAGAUUACAUCGGUCAGUGUUUUGCUCCUGGAGGCCGGAGAUCAGGAAACCUUCAUCAGCGAUGUUCCACUGACAGCAGCUCUCACCCAAAUGACACGUUACAACUGGGGCUACAAAGCCGAACCCACGGAAAACGCCUGCCAAGGAUUAAAGGGCGGCGUUUGUAACUGGCCAAAGGGGCGUGGCGUGGGUGGUACGAGUCUGAUCAACUUUAUGCUGUAUACUCGCGGUCAUCGCAGGGAUUAUGAUGAGUGGGCGGCGGCCAAUAACUCAGGCUGGUCCUAUGAUGAAGUGCUGCCCUAUUUUCGGAAAUCCGAGCGAAUUGGAAUCCCUGAGCUGUAUAAAUCACCCUAUCAUGGUCGCAAUGGACCGCUGGAUGUGCAGUAUACGGACUAUAGGUCACAGCUGCUGAAGGCCUUCCUGAAAUCCGGCAGGGAUAUGGGUUACGAUAUCACGGAUCCGAAUGGAGAGCAUUUGAUGGGUUUCGCGAGGUCUCAGGCCACCAUUCGAAAUGGCAGGCGAUGCAGCACUGGCAAGGCCUUCAUACAGCCAAUAGUUCGGCGCAAGAACCUGCACAUCUCCAUGAAGAGCUGGGUGACCCGACUGAUCAUCGAUCCGGUCACUAAAACAGCCACUGGAGUGGAGUUCGUAAAGCAACGUCAGAGAUUUGUGGUUCGAGCCCGAAAGGAGGUGAUCCUAUCCGCUGGAACCAUCGCCAGUCCUCAACUCCUCAUGUUAUCCGGAGUGGGACCGGCGGAUCACCUAAAGGAGCACAACAUCACAGUGGUGCAGGAUCUCCCAGUGGGCUUCAAUCUUCAGGAUCACAUAACACUUAAUGGUCUGGUGUUCGUUGUAAACGAUUCGACGGUUAACGAUGCCCGUUUGCUGAAUCCCUCGGACAUCUUUCGGUACAUAUUUGCGGGACAGGGACCGUACACCAUUCCCGGUGGAGCAGAGGCAUUCGCUUUUGUAAGAACUCCCAGCUCCAGUUUUGCCAAGGACUAUACGGACAUGGAACUGGUGUUAGGGGCAGGAUCCUUAAGUGGCGAUCGAUUUGGCACUAUGCGAAAUUUACUAGGCAUCACUGAUGAGUUCUACGACACCAUGUUUGGGGAUCUGCAGGACAAGGAAACCUUUGGUCUGGUUCCGGUGCUCCUGCGUCCCAAAAGUCGGGGACGCAUUUCGCUGCGCAGCCGUAAUCCCUUUCACUGGCCACGAAUGGAACCCAAUUUCAUGCAGCAUCCCGACGAUGUGAGGGCCAUGAUCGAGGGAAUUGAAAUGAUCCUCCAACUUGCCCGAUCCAAGCCCAUGGUGAAGAUGGGCACUCGUUUCCAUGACCGUCCCUUUCCGGGCUGUGAGCACCUGAAGUUUGCCAGCGAAGAGUACUGGAGGUGCUGUCUGCGAAGGUAUGGAUCCAGUUUGCAGCACCAAUCGGGCACAUGUAAGAUGGGUCCCGCCGCGGAUGAAACUUCCGUGGUGGAUGCCCAACUGAGGGUCCACGGCAUCCGCGGACUACGUGUUGUGGAUGCCUCGGUGCUCCCUAAUGUUCCAGCUGGCCACACCAAUGCCAUUGUGAUCAUGGUCGCUGAAAAAGCGUCGGAUAUGGUCAAGGAUGCCUGGCGAAUGAGGACCACUCCCUUGAAUUCCUAAAUCUAUUAAGCACGUUAUUUAUUAUUUAGUUGUCGCUGUUGUCAUUAGGUUAAGUUCUCAUGUGAUAGUUAAGCUAAAUUUAAAAUGUUCUUUGGGGUAUCUUUUAAUGCUUUGUAUUAUGAGUUGUGAUUGGUGAUAAAAAUGAAUAUUUAUUAAGUUUUAUAAAUCUUUAUUAAGCUAUAUCAUAAUUUUGUCUGCCUUAAAUU